CCGUCUUAUCCGGAUACGCCGGCAACCAAUUCAUUUUUACCGACAGCGACGCGAUGGCACGCGGGGAGCCGUCCAAGAAGCGCAAGCCCAAUGGGCCGGUGAUCCCAAAGCCCUGCUCGCUCCCCGAGGCAGAGUACAAGCCGUGCUUUGUCUGUGGGCUCAAGUUCAACGUCGACUCGCUCAUGCGCUGCUUGGUGUGCGCCGGCUUCUUCCACAAGCGCUGCCUCGCCACGAUCACUGGCGACACAUUAGGCUGCGCCGCGUGCCAAGAGGCCCGGAUAGCCGAGAAGAGGCUCCAAGCCGAGCGCAACGACCCGGAGAUGUACCCGUCCGUCACGAGCGAUACGAACAAACACCUCUUCGAGUACCGCAUGACCAUGAUGCACAAGUUUAUGAGCGCGAUCGCGGCUCACAAAGCGCCGCCAAAGAAGAGAGGCAAGGUGCCCACCAAGAGUUCGGCGACACCCAAGGUUUGCGCUGACGACGACGAGCAAACGCCGCCGCCGUUCGAUCCGCCAGUGCAAGCGCCAGCGGCUGAUGGCGCGUCGAUGGCCGAUGUCGACAUGGGCGCACCGGCAGCGCCUUUGAUCAAUGUUCCACAGCCUUCGGGGCCAAUGAUCGUGGCACGGCGAGACGCCUCUGUCGUCGACAUUCGCUCCGAAAGUGCACGAACGCUGAGCCCUGCCUUGUCCGCAGAUGUGGUCCCAUCGGCUCCACGACCAAGUGCUCUGACGCUGCACACGGCCCACAGCGAGCAGCCGUCGCCCGCGUCGUUGGUGUCGCCUCGGGCGUCGCUGGUGUCUCUAGCGUCGACCGUUAGCCCAAUCGUGAGUACAACGCUGGUCCUGCCCAAGUACGUGCUGGAGCAAACCGCGAGCGCGGUUGCGACGACCUCACAUGCAGCGAUGCACUUGUCGUCGACCGGUGUUGGAGUGGCGACGGAGGUCGUUCAUGAGCCGGGUAGCGUCAUGCUAGACGAAUGUCUCGUGUAAAACAAAAUCCAACUACGUUUGUUGUACAAA